AUGAUUGCCUGGAUCUUCAUCGUACUCCUGGUGUUUUACCUCGUUAGGAAGUUCUUCCAGCAAAGGGCAUACGAAAAUACUAUACUCAAGCAUGGCUGUUCACCACCUCCUCAAUAUCAACACAAAGAUCCUAUUUUGGGCAUCGACCUCUUCCUGUCCACCGUUCGAAGCAUUUCAGCCGGAAAUUCGUUCAUCCAUUCCCAAAGCUUGUUCGGUAAAUAUGGCAAGACUUUUGAAACCAACUCUUUUGGGAAACGAGUUCUUUUGACAAUGGACAGUGAGAAUAUUCAUGCCAUUCUUGUCACCUUGCAGAGGAAGUUCUUGGUGGAGGAGUUGAGGAUACGUGCCACUGAAAACUUUCUGGGAAGAGGAGUCUUCAAUACGGAUGGACCUUCCUGGGAGCAUUCAAGAGCUCUUCUCCGACCUAUCUUUGCAAGGGCGCAGAUAUCUAAUCUUGGUCAUCUUGAAGCACGUGUCGAUGCUUUGAUUGGUUUGAUACCUCGUGAUGGAUCGACGGUUGACUUGUUGCCUCUGUUAAAACGCCUUUUCCUCGAUACCUCAACCGAGUUCAUUUUUGGAGAAUCUGUCAACACUCUGGUUCCAGGAACGAGCAGUUUCGACGCUCAGAACUUCCUCGGUGCUUUUGACACCGCCUUAAAAGGCAUAGGCAUUCGGAUAGUCCUGGGAAGACUUGCUUUCCUCCAAGGUAUUGAUACACAUUGGAAAAAAGCUUGCCAGGUAGUCCACUCGUUCAUCGAUCGGAACAUCGACGUUGCAAUUCAGAGACGUAAUAGAAACUCUCAAGAUUCAACGAAACGAAGUUUUGUCCUUCUGGAUGAACUGGUCAAGGAAACCCAAGACCGUCUGUACUUGCGUUCUCAGUUGCUGAACAUUUUCCUCCCUGCCCGUGACUCUACCGCAAUUGGUAUUGCCAACGUUUUCUUCCUCAUAGCUCGGCAUCCUUUGGUCUGGGACAAACUUCGAGCCGAGGUCUUGAACAACGAUGCCCCUGUGAACUUCGAGACUCUGAAGUCUAUGAAGUAUGUUAGGCACGUGGUGAAUGAAAGCCUUCGGCUUAUUGCACCAUCCGGUAGAAACUUACGUUUGGCCACAGAAGAUUGUAUUCUCCCACAUGGUGGAGGAGCAGAUGGAAGCCAACCAAUCUUCGUUCAAAAGGGUACGGAGGUGAUGUUUGUAUUCAGAUCUAUGCAUUACGAUGAGGAUCUAUGGGGUGAAGAUGCAGAUGAUUUCAGACCAGAGCGCUGGGAGCGUUCUGAUUCUAUUCCACAGCAUGGAUACGUCCCCUUCUCUGCUGGAGGACGAGUGUGUCCUGCGCAGCAGAUGGUUUUGACGGAAUGCGCUUACAUCUUGGUAAGAUUGGUGCGUGAAUUCGAGAAAAUAGAGAAUCGAGACCCCGAAGAGAGCUUUAUCGAGCAGCACAAACUGCAAAUGGAGAGCAGGAAUGGUGUAAAGGUCGCUUUCACGGUAGCCACGUGA